GAGCCAAGAUGUGACAAACCAUGAUCAAUUCGAAUAUUUUUCAAUAGUCAUAUUACAAUUUUAGGAAAUUAACACAAAUUGUCAUCAAUGAAGUGUCUCACACCAUCUUCGUAAUAGUCUAGAGUCCAAUGUAUUAGUACAAGUGAAUCAAGAAGUCCAUAUGAGUGCCCCAGUCAGAAUUGGAGCCCAGCAUAUUGCAAAACAUUUGAAAAAUGCCAAGGGACAUGACCAAAUAUUACGAAAGGUUACUGUGGUUCAUCUGAAGGAUGGUUAUUGUCAUGCUGAAAUGAACGUGUCAGAAGAACAUACAAAUUCAUUGGGUACCUUACAUGGCGGUUUAUCAGCAACUCUGGUGGAUAAUGUAUCCAGCUGGGCGUUGAUGUCACACGCAGGUGGUGAAUAUCCCAGCGUAUCAGUCGAAAUGAAUAUGACAUAUCUGAAAGGUGCCAAAAUAGGAGAAGAUAUAAAAAUUGAGGCAAAUACUCUGAAGGUUGGAAAAACUCUUGCAUUUCUUGAAGUUUUCAUCAAAAACAAGUCAUCUGGGGAUCUCCUAGUCAAAGGUGCUCACACGAAGUUCUUGCUACGCUAAUCAGGUUGUCGGAACUCGAAUAAUUCAUCUUUAGAAAAUUGUAUUUAUUUUCUUCCUAGUCACAAUAAUCAUCCAAACUUUCAUCCAUUCAUUUAUAAAGUAGUAAAACAGUGCGUGAUCAAACUUAUUGAAAAAGAAAGCUUUUUGCAAUAAAUUGAAUAAUUCGAAGAAAACUUAUUUUAUUACGGCUACUUUCAGUUAGAUAGAAGUUCCAGGAAUAUGUUUUUUAUUCAUGUAUCUUUAAUAAUAAACGUAAUAGUAAUGAA